GAAGUGCUUGGUAGGUAUAUAAAUAGGCAACACAUUUGUGGUGCUCCAGAUAAGAUUGCCAGCUACUCGAGAGCACAAGUGCUCCUUAAGACACGCUGCAGAACUUCAAGAUGUUGGUGGUUCUGCUGGUGGCCCUCCUGGUGACUCGCCUGGUCGUCUCGCUGUUCCGUUUGGCGCUAAAGGAGCUGCGCCAUCCUUUGCAAGGCGUUGUGCCAAGUGUUUCGAGAGUUCCUCUACUAGGAGCCGCCUGGCAAAUGCGGAGUUUUCAGCCAGACAACUUGCAUGAUAAGUUCGCCGAGUACGUUAAGCGUUUUGGUCGCAGUUUCAUGGGCACUGUCUUGGGCUAUGUGGUAAUGGUUACAGCGGAGCCCCGACAUGUCGAUGCACUGCUGCAAAGUCAGCACCAGUUGAAAAAGGGCACGAUGUACUUUGCCUUACGCGGUUGGCUGGGCGAUGGACUGCUGCUGAGUCGCGGAAAGGAGUGGCACACGAUGCGCAAGAUCAUUACGCCCACGUUUCACUUUAGCAUCCUGGAGCAGUUUGUCGAGGUCUUCGAUAGGCAGAGCAGCAUAUUAGUGGAGCGUUUGAGAACGCUGUCGCACGGCGACGAGGUCGUGAACAUCUAUCCCUUGGUGGGUUUGGCUGCCCUAGACAUCAUCACCGAAACUGCUAUGGGCGUAAGUGUGGGCGCUCAAGGAGCUGACUCUGAGGUGGUGCACGCUGUAAAAGAUCUAACCAACAUCUUGGCCACCAGGUUCAUGAGGCCGCAUCUCCUCUUUCCCCACCUCUUUCGCCUGUGCUGGCCCAGCGGAUUCAGGAAGCAACAAGCAGGCGUCAUCUGCCUGCAUGAGUUUACCAACGGAAUUAUAGAGCAGCGCCGCCGUUUACUGGCCAGGGAGGCUAAUCAAGAUAAGCCAACAAAGCGCCACGCCCUGCUGGACACGCUCCUCCGGGCAACUGUGGAUGGGCAACCAUUGACUGACAAGCAAAUUCGCGAUGAAGUGAACACUUUCAUCUUUGAGGGUCACGAUACGACGACUUCAGCGGUUUCCUUCUGUUUGUAUCUACUUUCCCGCCAUGAGCCAGUGCAGCAAAAGCUUGUUGAGGAACUGAGGACGCACUACGGCCAGGAUUUAUCCAGAGGCGUUAUUCUCUCGGAUUUAGCUGCGUUACCAUAUUUAAGCUGCGUGAUCAAAGAGUCCCUGCGUCUUUAUCCGCCUAUUCCGGCAGUCGCACGCUGCCUGGAAAAGGAUUUGCUUAUAGAUGAGGGCUACAUCCCCGUGGGAACCAAUGUGGUCGUACUUCUCUGGCAGCUCCUCCGGGAUGAAGCGAUCUAUACCGAUCCACUGCUCUUCCAGCCGGAGAGGCAUAUAGGAGAAGAGGCACUCAGACAAAGUCCCUACAGCUACAUACCUUUUUCCGCUGGGCCGAGGAACUGCAUUGGUCAAAAGUUUGCUCUUCUGGAGAUGAAAACCAUGGUGAUCAAGGUGAUACGCCACUACCAGCUGCUUCCAAUGGGAGCCGAUGUGGAGCCAUCCAUAAAAAUAGUGCUGCGCUCGAAAAGCGGGGUAAAUGUUGGACUGCGGUCGCGGUUGUAUUAAGAAUCUGGGAUUCAAUAAUAAAAACACACGAUUUUGGAUCAGCUGGCGCCAGACAGUUUGAAUCUGGCUAUCGCUAUCGAUAACAGCAAACAAUCAGCUGACGCAGUGAUGGGCAGGUGUAGUUUUUCACCGCCAAAAAGUGCUAGAAAUUAGUUCAAAUUUAAAUGUCUAAAACUAAUACCAGGAAUUCAAUAUAAAUAAAACUACCUAUACAUCACAUA